AUGUCCCAGGAACCGCUUCUCCUCGACGUUCUCUUCCACAUCAUGGCUCAUUGCGACGACAAGACCAUAUCUUCGCUCAUGGCAGCGAACAAGUCGCUCAAUCUAGAGGGCGCCAAGUACCUCCUUGACAGUCCGCGCAUCACCAUGAACACCAGCCGCCGACUCGACUCCUUAAUCACCUUCUUGUCUGCCUACAAUGGCUCCCGACUCGCGUUCUUCAAAGGGCUCGGCUUAGAGAUGAGGUCGCUCCCGAACACCGUCGGGACGCGUCUGGCACAGCUUCUGACGACGCACGUCGAUAAGCUCGCACUUACUUUGCUGCACAUCCCCCACCUCGACGUCAUUUUGGAACGCUGCCACACUCUGUCCGCCGCCUUCGCUGCAGUCACCACUCUCACCUAUAUCCGUAUCGGCGGCAUCGACAUCGUCGGCUCCGAGAUGCUACGCGCCUUCACCUCCAAACUCAAGUCCGCCGAUGUACACUUCACUGCGGUCUCGGAAACCAGCAUCGAAGAGGGUUCCAGCCGAAUCAUCCGCGAACAAAAAGCGAGGACCCCAAUUCGCGUCCUCAAAAACUCCCAGUCCUCGCUCGCCGACUUGACGGUCGGCGUCGCCAACAUGCAGCGGAUCCACGGGGACAACGCGUUCGAGGAGGUGUACCCUCUCCUCUCCCGCCUCACAAUCAAAGAUUCCCCGCUGCUCGGUGUACUCACCCGCACGAUGGUCCUCGCAUUCCCCAACCUGCAAAGCCUCUUUUUCAUCCAGCUCGCGAGGGUCAACGACGACCCCAACGCGGCCGACGCGCAGCACGAACGCAACGUCGCCGACCAGCUCGCCCACGGCUCCUGGACGUCCCUCAACACCAUCUCGGCUCACAUCAUGGACCUCUACAUGCUCAGUCCGACGUGCCCGGUGCGCAGGAUCGAUAUCCUGGGCCCCGUCAUGCAGACGCGCGCCCUUCGCCGCGUCCUCAAGCACACGCGCACCGUCCACCUCUCGUUCGGACACUUCGAAGGCACGCUCUUCACGCCCGCCCUCGCGCAGAUGCUGAAGAAGCCGUGCGCGGCGACCAUCCAGUGCCUCGAGGUCGUGUUCCGCGUCGGGUGCGGUCUCCCCGCCGAGCUGGUCGACGCACCCGCGAUGUUGGAGCACUGGGUGGCCGCGAUCUGCGGGCUCCCGCGCCUGCGCGUGCUCGCCCUCGGGAUCUACGGCGAGCUCCGCCCGUUCACGCACCUCAGCCCGAACGCGUGGGCGCCGUCCGCGGCGGAGCGCUUCCUGGCCGCGCUCGACCUCGACGCGCUCACGUGUCAGCUCGCGGACGCGAUUCCGACGCUCGAGACCGUCGAGCUCGCGGUGACGGGCGUGCGCGGGCGGAGCGGGCCGGCGUCUGUGCGACGCGGCCCAGAGAGCAAGGAGUUCGAGACGCACGCAGUGCAGAUGGCGGAGAUGUUGGAGGAGAUGGAGGUUAAAUAG